GCUUGACUGCUGAUAGACCAAGUUAAAUCGAGCUGAGUGCACUGUAUUGUUAUAAGGUACAGGUUGACAAUCUUCAUAUCAUCAAGGCCAAUGACCAAAUUUAUUCGGGCUUUGUGAUGCUUUAUGCCGCCGGAUUCAUCGAGUGGAUUGUCGAUUGCAGACGAGCAAGCUGAUAUGAAGUAGUUGAAAUUCGGCUCGCGGUAGAACAAAGGUGCAUUUUUUUCGGAGUCUUUUUAUUUUUAUUUUGAGACAACAAAAGCAAACUGGAGUACUCUAGUGAAACGGGAAUGAUUUAUCCUCCUGAAGGUUUAUUUUACAUCGAAAUGGAUCCAGCACCACCAGCUCUCCCUCCUAGAUCAACAAAGCCAGUGUCUUCCGCCAUGAACAAUAACUGCCUUUCCCCACAGUCCAACUCGCUACAGGAUGCUGAAUGGUACUGGGGAGAUGUUACUAGGGAUGAAGUAAACGAGAUGCUCCGAGACACACCUGAUGGCUCCUUCCUAGUUCGUGAUGCAUCCACAAAGCUGCAGGGGGACUUUACGCUGACUUUAAGGAAAGAUGGUCACAAUAAACUGAUCAAAAUUUACCACCGAGAUGGGAAGUAUGGCUUCUCAGACCCACUUACAUUCACUUCUGUGGUGGAGCUCAUUUGGCACUAUCAGCACCAUCCAUUAGUGGAGUACAACACCACAUUGGACCUGAUGCUCACACAUCCAGUGUCUCGCUUCCAACAGAUGAAGGAGAACAGUGUGGAUGUCGCUGGAAGAAAACUCAAAGAGGUCCAUUGUCAGUAUCAGGAGAAAUCAAAGGAGUUUGAUCGUCUUUAUGAAGCGUUCACUAAGACUUCACAGGAGAUCCAAAUGAAGCAAACGGCAAUCGAGGCAUUCAACGAGACAAUGAUGAUUUUUGAGGAGCAGUGCCGUGAGCAGGAGCGCUACGGGGAAGAAUUUGAGAGAAACAAUCAAUCUGAGGGAGCUGACAAAGAUCUAGAGAGCUUUCUGAUAAACUACGAAAAACUGAAGUGCCGUCUCAGCGACAUCUAUGACAGCAAGAUCCAUCUUGAGGAAGACCUGCGAAACCAGGUAGAGGACUACAGGGAGACCGACAGAAAGAUCAACAUUUUGCGGCCAGACUUAAUCCAGCUCCGUAACAUCAGAGACCAGUACCUCAACUGGCUCAAUCACAAAGGUGUACGGCAGAAACGCAUAAACGACUGGCUUGGGAUACUUAAAGACAGCCUUGACGAUACCUACGUAUUGAAAGGUGACGAGAAGAAUUUACCACAUCAGGACGAGACAAGUUGGUUUGUCGGUGAACUGAGCAGGACACAGGCCGAAGAGAUGCUUCAGGGGAAAGCUCCUGGAACAUUCCUAAUCCGUGAGAGUAGCAAACAAGGCUGCUAUGCCUGCUCUGUUGUAGUGAACGAAGAAGUGAAGCACUGUAUGAUCUACAGCACGCCACACGGUUACGGCUUUGCUGAGCCAUACGACGUCCACUGUUCACUAAAAGACCUUGUCCUGCACUACCGCUUACACUCCUUAGUGCAACACAAUGACGCCCUGGAUGUUAGGCUGUCACAUCCUGUACACGCCAAAGCGCCCGCAAUGCCUUCACAACUUGCAGAGGAGCACAAACUCUUACAGACUCCCAAACAGACAGUGAGGCUCCCACCGGCUGCUCCAGAAAUGUAAACCAACUGAGAUUAUAUAAAGGACAUGUUUACUGUAACCUGCAAGAACGACUGCAUCAAGGUGCAUUGUUGAAAUGUUGCACUAAAAUGAUUCCAUCAGUUUUUGUGAAUGCAAUUUCACAGAUUGAAGUGGGACCGGAACUUGAAUGUCUGCUUUUUAUUUUAGUUUUCAAGAGACUGUUAAAUGUUUCUCAAAAGAAAUUGUACUUCAUAUAUUGUUGUUCGUAUGUUCUACGCUAUUUUGGAGAUGUUGACAAGUGCGAAAUUGCUCCCGGAUAGCAGACGCCGUAUCUUGGUUUGACUCCUACAAUCUGAGCUGACAUUGCCAGAGAUUUUGCCUACAAUUGAAAUGUGAUCAAUGGGUUAAAUAAAUACAUUAGAUUACUACUACUACUACUUAGUGCAUUGGUGCGGAGAAAAUGGUGCUGUACACAGGCUGUUUCUGUCAUUUUGGUUUGGUGGACCAAACCUCCUCCUGGGUAAAUACCACUUGUGAAUAUGUGAAAAAUUGUGGUGCAUCUUGACAAUUUGCCCCAUUCAUACAGUGGACAUUAUGUAGCAUUAACAUCCUGUAGAAAACUAUUAUAAAUGCAUACUCAAUGUUAUACCCAUUGACCAAAGCACUUGUUAAAGAGCAAAAAUACAUCCCGGUUUUGCCCAAUCAAUGCAUUUGGGCAAGCCAAGGGCAAUUUAUCUACACCUGCUGAUGUGCUGUUGAAAACAUAAUCUGAAGUACUGUAUGUUAUAUUCUGUUACUCGAAGAAGUAUAAGCUUUUUGUAUUUCUAUAUUUUUUCUACGAACAUGCCACAAGAUGAAAGCUUGAAGAAAGUGCAAUCCAACAGUAUUUCUAUUGUUGCAAUGUGUGACGGUGGUGUGAAGGUUAUGAAUGGUUGACAUGCGCCACAAAAUUGCACUCUUUGGUGGUGUCGGUAAGAUAUAGCCUCCAGUGUUCAAUUGAACGGCAAGAGGUAUAGUAUCCUACCUCCGUUACUUGAAAUGUGGAAUUGCCAGAGCUAUGAAUGUGUUUCGUGACAUGCAACCUACAUAACUAAUGGUGCAAGGAAUCUGUUUAACUUAGCCUAAAAGUUAGUGAACAACAGAAAUGCUGUACAGAGAAACUAAAAUGUAUUUCUGAGGUUCCUACUUGGAAUGAGGUCUAUUUGGCCUAAUCAAGAAAACAAAAAUACUCCAGAUGAGGAUGGAGGAAAUGCCUUGGGUGAAGCUGAGCAAUGUGAGAUCCUGACCUUUUUCUUGCUGAAAGACAAUAAACUGAUGAGGGUUUUGUCAUCUUAA